AUGUCAUCAUCAAUGGCCUUUGCUCGCUUCAUUGCUUUACCACUUGUGUGCUCAUUGCUUCUUAAUGACAUUUGGCUGUGCUCCUUGAUGGAUCCUUUGUGCCCGAGAUGGGAAAUUCAGGACUCCUUUGCAGGUGGCAUAAGUACAUGCGAUUUCCUCGAUGACCCGGUCAACACUCAACAUUUGAUGCAACUAAGCCCGGAGAGAUACCGUGUCAUCUGGUGUGGAAAGCAUGUGCAUCGCAGAAGUUGCUUGCCGGCCGAUCUCUAUGCACGCAUCAACAAAGAAAUCACCCACAUUCGUAUUCAACGUAUGCGCUCUGUUUCCAUUGACGAAGUGAUGGCCGUUGCUAAGGCUGGUGCUAUUGGAUUCUUGAUGGACCUUACAAGGAAGGAUGACAAGCUGAUUGGGAGGAACCGAGCAUACAACCGCAAAGCAAGAAAGAUGAUUGAAGGAUCCUCUGAAAACGUGUACACACCAACAGCAUCCAUCCAAACCAAUGGCGUUCGACCUUCUCAAGGUUACAUCAGCUGGACAAAAGGUGCAAAGGAAGACAAUAACGUGAAGCUUGAAGAAGCGCGUUCGUAUGUCAUGAAGAACGAUGUCAAGAACAUUAAGACUCUCAUUGCUGUCGACUUGGGAAAAGUUUGUCCAGCUGCAUCAUUUUCCUAUACAACAAAGCAGCGACCGAGAUGGUAUUCAGUAGUGUUUCAUUGUUACCCCACUUCCAUUGUUGUCAUUGUGGUAUUUGGUUCCUUUAUUAAGCUACCUCCCGAUAUGGAUAUGCAAAGUUGGAUUGGGUUGACAAGGUGA